AUGCCUUCUGAACCUCAAGUCUCCAAAGGUUUCCUCCCUCUAGAGGAUGGCUCUCGCCACGAAGCUACAGAAGAUGCCCAAGCUGCUCCUAAGCGCAUCGUCAUCUGUUGUGACGGCACUUGGCAAUCCUCUGUGUCAGGCCUUAAGAACAUCCCGUCCAACGUGACAAGACUUGCCCGCUCCAUUGCUCGCAGCGGCAAGGACAAGGAUGGGAAAGUCUGGCAGCAGGUAGUAUACUACGACGCAGGCAUUGGCUCUGGAGACCUAGGCCAGGCAGAAGCCAACCGACAGGGAGGCACAGGCAUUGGGUUUGUAGGCAAUAUCAUUGAAGCUUACAACUUCAUUGUCCUCAAUUACAAUCUCGGAGACGAGAUCUUCUGCUUUGGUUUCUCGCGUGGAGCGUACACUGCUCGCGCGGUAGCUGGUCUCGUCACUGACAUUGGCAUUGUCUGCCCCAGAGAUCUUCAAGACUUUCCAGACUUGUAUGCCCUGUAUCAGAAGAACCCCGAUGGAUUGCACUUCCGCAAGUCGCAGGCUUAUCUAGAAUGGGUCAACGGAGUGCCUUCCAAGAAACAGGCCAAUGGAGGAUCCCAAAUUCCGUCUGCAUGGGAUAGUCCUCCUCAUCAUGACGCUCCCGAACUGUCGCGAUUUGUCAAGGUUGUGGGAGUCUUUGACACAGUUGGCAGUCUGGGAAUUCCAGACUUACCUUGGACACGCUUCAAUCUGAAGUUCCUUGAAAAGACCAUUGGAAUCACUGAGCCUGGCUUCCAUAACAUCCACCUUAGCCCUUACAUCCAACAUGCUUACCACGCCUUGGCUCUGGAUGAACACCGAGGCCCUUUCUCACCCAGUCUUUGGCACCUCCCGAUCAACAAAGAUCAGGCCCCAAAGCCUGACAAGGAUGUCAAGGAGCUUUGGUCAGAUUGGGAGAAGGCAUACAAGACUCCCAAUGCCAGCAAGAAAGAGCUGCAAGAAGCCUGGGGCGCUGUCGUCGAUGGCGAGAUGUAUGAGCAAUUGCGCGACAACAGGUCUGAGCUUUUGCAGGUCUGGUUCCCAGGUGUUCACAUCAACAUCGGUGGUGGAAAUGACGAUCCUCUCACUGAUAAGAAGAGCGAUUUCGAACAAAUCGCACUCAUUUCGUUUGGUUGGAUGUGCGAGCAGGUCGCUCCCUUCCUUGAAUUCGCUGAAGGCGGCAGCUUGGGCGAUCUUGGCAAAUCAGCAGUCCAAGAUCGCUACAACCUCCUCAAGCCUCUCCUGACCAACAUCCAAAACGGGGACGAGAAGGAUUAUGGUGGUGGUUUGGUGACAAGUCGCAUCGCAGCCUCCCUUGACCGCACUGGCAUCAGAAAGGCAGACGUGCGAAAGAUCCCAGAAGAGACUAUCAGCGGCUGGGCAACAGGCCCCAUCGUCGACAGUUUCACGGGUGCCAUGAUUGCUAGUGGUUCAGUUGACAGAACUCCUGGCAACUACAGCAAGGAUGACAAGGGCCGCGAGCUGGGUGAGACGUAUGAGAUGAUCCAUCCAUGCGUCAAGUACCGUAUGAACAAGGUCUCCAGCUACAAGCCCAAGGCUCUGCGUGGGUAUGAGAGAACUACUGAUGGUAAAAAGGGGUAUGUGUGGAAGAAGGGCAAUGUCCAGAUCCCCGAGUUUGUGAUCAAGACCGAGGAUGCGUUUUCGAGAUAUGUUGCUGAGCAGGAUCGCUAUGCGACUGAGUUUAUCAAGUCGCUCGAUAAUGUCUCGGUCUGA